UUUGUCCGGUCAGCUGAUAAAAUGAUGGAAGGAAACCGGGAUGAAGCUGAAAAAUGUUUAAAUAUCGCUGUUAAAGUCCUCGAAGAUGGAAAUAAAGACAAAGCUUUGAAAUUCCUCUACAAAGCAGAAAAACUGUAUCCAACCAAGAAAGCAAAAGUGUUGUUGGAAGCCUUGCUGAGGAAUGGUACGUCGGCAGGGAACAGCACUGCAAACUGCAGGAAGUCAUCAAAUGGAACACACCCUGGAUCCCAAACCCAACAUGAGACACAGAAACGGGACUCCACUGCAGAUUUAACAAAAGGAUUUACUAAGGAGCAAGCUGAAGGGGUACUAAGGAUAAAGAAGUGUAAGAAUUACUACGAGGUACUGGCUAUCAGAAAAGAUGCCAAUGAUGAGGAACUGAGAAAGGCCUACAGAAAACUGGCUUUGAAAUUCCACCCUGACAAAAACCAUGCACCAGGAGCAACCGAGGCCUUUAAAAAAAUUGCAAAUGCUUAUGCAGUGCUCAGUAACCCAGAGAAGAAGAGGCAGUAUGAUGUUUGUGGAGGAGAGGAGCCUAGCAGCGCUCAUGGAGGAUUUGAUUUCCACAGAGGCUUUGAGUCUGAUAUUACACCUGAAGAUCUCUUUAACAUGUUCUUUGGAGGCGGCUUCCCUUCAUCAAAUGCACAGGAAUUUGCUAAUGACCGAACAUACAGUCACCAUACGGACCAAACCAGAGGAGAGAGAACGGAGGAGAGAGGAGAGGGUGGGUACUCAAUGUUUAUUCAGCUGAUGCCCAUAGUUGUGCUGGUCUUGGUCUCAGUCCUCAGCCAGAUGAUGGUGUCCACACCUCCUUAUAGCCUUUACUCCAGACCGUCCACAGGACAGACUGUUAAGAGACAAACAGAGAACCUGCAUGUGGACUAUUUUGUCACCAGAGAUUUCAAAUCAGAAUAUAAGGGCUCAGCUUUGCUAAAGAUUGAGAAGAAUGUGGAGGAGGAUUAUGUUUCUAAUGUGCGCAACAACUGCUGGAAGGAAAGACAGACAAAAACCGACCUGCUGUAUGCUGCUAAGGUCUACAGAGAUGACAGACUACAGCGAAAGGCUGAGCUCAUGACCAUGGAGAACUGCAAAAAGCUGGACAGAUUAAACAACCUGUUCCGUGGUGGAUAAACCUCAAACUGAUACUAACAGACACUUAAGAAAAUAAGACUCCAUGAUAUACAUUUUUUUUUAAAACAUUCUUAUAGAAAACAUAUUAAAAAUGUUAAAAUUAUCUCACUCAUCUGGAAUGUGCUUUGCUUCAUAUUACAUCAAAUACAUCAAUCUGAGAAAAAGAUAUUUUUAACCCAGCACCAUCAAUCCAUUUUUUAAUCUGUCUCUAUUAUGUCUGACUUCACUAAACCGUGGGCCUAGAUGUUCUACACUUUAACUACACAACCUUUUUUUUUCUUCUCGACUUUGAAUCCAAACUUGCACUGAUUAUUGCUGUGCUUGCAGUGCUAUUAAUCACUAUUUUGAAUCUUAAUGGACUUUAAAUAAUACAGAUGAAAUAUAAUCUGUUAAA